CGCCUCCGGUGUGCUGCCGCUGCCGCUCGGGCUCGGAGACUUGGGGAUGCUGCUGCUGCGGAGAUGGAGUUGAACCACAAAAACAGCAAAGUGUCGGGCAGAGUUUGAGACAAAGGGAGGGGGGUUAGCGGCAGUUCUCCAGCUGAACUGACCGCUGGAUGGGCUUUCGUUGAAAAUAAGACCGGUGGACGUUUUUAAAAAUCGGCUUGAAAAUGAAGCUGCUGAAGCCGAGCUGGGUGAGCCACAACGGCAAACCCAUAUUUUCAGUUGACAUUCACCCUGAUGGGACAAAAUUUGCAACUGGCGGACAAGGAGAGGAUUCUGGAAAGGUGAUGAUCUGGAACAUGGCGCCGGUCCUCAGAGAGGAGGACGAGAAGAACGAGAAUAUUCCCAAAAUGCUUUGCCAGAUGGACAAUCACCUAGCUUGUGUCAACUGUGUGCGCUGGUCCAACAAUGGGCUGUACCUGGCAUCAGGAGGAGACGACAAGCUGGUCAUGGUGUGGAGGAGAGCGGCCUUCAUCGGCCCGAGCACCGUGUUCGGGUCGAGCAGUAAGCUGGCUAAUGUGGAGCAGUGGAGGUGUGUCACCAUCCUGAGGAAUCACACUGGAGAUGUGAUGGACGUGGCCUGGUCGCCUCAUGACAUGUGGCUGGCCUCCUGCAGCGUCGACAACACCAUCGUCAUCUGGAAUGCUCGCAAAUUCCCAGAGAUGGUGACUUGUCUGCGAGGACACACUGGGCUGGUUAAAGGUCUGACGUGGGACCCAGUAGGGAAAUACAUCGCCUCCCAGGCCGACGACCACAGCCUCAAAGUGUGGAGGACGGUGGACUGGCAGAUGGAGGCCAACAUCACCAAACCCUUCAGCGAGUGCGGCGGGACGACCCACGUCCUGCGUCUGUCCUGGUCUCCGGACGGUCAGUACCUGGUGUCGGCUCACGCCAUGAACAACUCGGGCCCCACAGCUCAGAUCGUGGAGAGAGACGGCUGGAAGACCAACAUGGACUUUGUGGGCCACCGUAAAGCCGUCACCGUGGUGAAAUUCAACCCAAAGAUCUUCAAGAAGAAGCAGAAGAACGGCAGCUCUCCUAAACCCAGCUGUCCGUACUGCUGCUGCGCUGUGGGCAGCAAAGACCGAUCGCUCUCCGUCUGGCUGACCUCACUGAAGCGCCCUCUGGUGGUCAUUCAUGAUCUUUUUGAUAAAUCAAUUAUGGACAUCUCCUGGACUCUGACAGGUCUGGGGAUGUUGGUGUGCUCGAUGGACGGCACUGUGGCCUAUCUGGACUUCUCGCUGGACGAGCUGGGAGACCCGCUGAGCGAGGAGGAGAAGAACAGCAUCCACCAGAACAUCUACGGUAAGAGUCUGGCUAUAACCAGCACCGAGGCGCAGCUCUCCACCACCAUCAUCGAGAACCCCGAGAUGCUCAAAUACCAGCAGGAGCGACAGAACUCGGCCCAGGCCAACUCAGGACCGGGCAACGCCGGGCCCGAGUCCUCCGCCCCCAAACUCAACAGCGUGAUGAACGGAGAGUCUCUGGAGGACAUCAGGAAGAACCUUCUGAAGAAGCAAGUGGAGACGAGAACGGCGGACGGCAGAAGACGAAUCACACCGCUGUGCAUCGCUCAGCUGGACACGGGGGAUUUCUCUCCGGCUCUGUUCAACAGCGUUCCCAUCCUGCCCUCGGGCUCCUCCAUGUCCAGUCAGCUCACCCCUCAGCUCAGCUCCGACUCCAGCCCGGGACAGGCCUCCUCUCUGGGGCUGAGGCCCAGCCACGACCCCAUGCUCACCUCACCUCCAGCCGGCAGCGCCGCCAAAGGCCUGGAAGACAACAAGGACGGAGUGAAAUCCAGUCUGCUGCUCACUUCUGCCUCCAAGAUCGAGCCAAUGAAAGCUUUGGACUCCAGGUUCACAGAGAGGUCAAAGGCCACGCCGGGUGUCACAGCCGCCAUCUCCUCCACCGCGGGACUCACGCCUCUAGACAGGACAAAAGACGCCCUCUCCUCCCUGAAAGACGUGAAAUCCAAAGAAGAGACCAGCAGCGAUAGCGAGGACAAGAUGGCCGCCAUCAACAAAAACCUGGCGUUUGGCAAGAGGAAACCGGAGCUGCUGAUGGAUGGAGGAGAGGUGGUGGAGAAGAGGAAGAAAGGACGACCCAGGAAAGAGAAGAUGGCCGCUACCAUCGCCCAACCCUUCACUCAGAUAACUCCUCCAGCGGAGCGGGAGCCCAGCAGGGUGGCGGCUCCUCCGGCUCCCGUAGCUGUCCUCAAACUCCCAACACCAAGUACACAGAAGUCCUUCAGUCUGCAGGUGAGCAUGGAGCCGGCGGUGUUCCUGGAGGUGGAGAACGAGGUGUCGCUGGUGGCGGGUACGAAGCUCAGCCAGCUGCGAUGCUCCAGAGACGGACGGGACUGGAACACGCUGCUGCCCAGCUCCGUGGUCACAGCUGCAGGGAGCAGUGACGUCCUCGCCGUCGCCUGCGAGGACAGGAUGUUGUCGGUGUUUUCUUCCUGUGGGCGGCGGCUCCUUCCCGCCAUCCAGCUGGGUACACCUGUGUCAGCGCUGCACUGCUCCGCCCACUUCGUCAUGGCUCUGACUGCUGGAGCGACGCUCUCCGUCUGGGACGUUCAGAAGCAGAAGGCUCUGGUGAAGAACGAGUCUCUUCUCACGAUUUUAUCUGGUGCUGACACCACAGUAUCUCAGUCUCUGCUGACUCAGCAGGGAGUUCCAGUCAUCGGACUGUCCAACGGGAAGUCGUACUGCUUCAGCUCCUCGCUGGAGACGUGGACUCUGAUCGCAGAUAAAGGAGACUCUCUGGUCCAGUGUGCUGACUUCAGGAGCUGCCUAACUACCCAUGAUGCACCUGUGUCCUCGGGGCCGUUGGCUGUAAUGCAGGGACGCAACCUCAAUGCUGGUCGGCUGGCGUCCCGCCUCUCCUCCACCCCUCACCACCUGCAGCAGAGCAUGACGUUAGCCUUCCUGGAGAAUCAGCUGGCGUCCGCUCUGACUCUGCAGUCAGCGCAGGAGUAUCGCUACUGGCUGCUCAUCUACGCCCGCUUCCUCGUCAACGAAGGCUCAGAGUAUCGUCUCAGAGAGCUCUGUAAGGAGCUGCUGGGUCCCGUCCACAAAUCUGCGGCCACAGCCUGGGAGCCCACCUCUCUGGGUCUUCGUAAGCGGGAGCUGCUGCGGGAGGUUUUACCCGUCAUCGGGGAAAACCUGCGUUUCCAGAGACUGUUCACCGAAUACCAGGAUCAGCUAGAGCUGCUGCGCAACAAAUAACACACACACACAUUAAGACAGACACACACACACACACACACACACACACACACACACUUGGACUCAUCAUGAAACCGGUUUGGUUCGUCCCAGCUCAGCUCAGCUCGGUUGGGGUGAACUCUGACUGCUUUCAUCAGCUUGGGAAGCUUGAAACGCUGACAAACACAGAACUUUACUCACAGCCAGUCCACAGCUCUUCAGGCACCGGGACUCUUCAGUGCCGUCGCUCACCGGGGACGAGUGGGUGCCUCCUUUUUUUUUGUUUGUUUUUUACUCACAUUUUCACUUUGAACUGCCGUCGUUUGUCUUUUUUUUUUUUUUCCUGCUCAGUGUGUGUUUGUUCUGACCUAUGCACCUCUCUCCUGCCCUCCUAAUCAUGAACUCGUGAAGAUGAAUUGAAGAGAGACAGUGUUUGGUUCCUGUUUACUGCCAACGUGCAGCAUCAGCAGCUGUGUGUCCUGUUGAAUCCUCCUCAGAGAGAGAGAGAGAGAGCAGAGGUGAGAUGCUCAUAAAAGGAGAAUAUAAAUCAGAAUGGAUGUAAAGGAGCAAUAUGCUUGUACCAAAGUGAUGCCUUUAAGUGUAGGAAGAACCACACAUCAGAAUCUGCAAGAUGAGGAAAAACGAAGGGCGUCUGCACAAAGAGUCAGCUGAUGUUUCUCAAUCUGCCACUAAGUGACAUAACUGCAGGCCGUCUUUAUAACGACUGUUCUGAUGCCAAAAUGUGAAGUCACAGCGGAAAAGAUGAUUACACUCACACCACCACAGGAUGGGUCUCUGGGAAAUGGAGUCAGAAGGGAUCUCAGAUAUUUAAGUGCAGCUGAUUACAGCCCAAAAGGCAGCAGAGAAAGCGUAACAUUAGAAGAUGUUUUUGUUAUCUAAGAGGAAGCACAGCAGCCAAACCUUCAGUGACUGUGACGUCUGAAUCACUGCCCACGUCUGACUCCACACGAACACAACGUCAGACUGAAUAAUCAAGUACACAAACACACAACUCAGUCCAGUUACCAGGUGAUGAGGAUGCAGAGGUCUGUUGAUGUGCAGUAGCGCUAAUGAGUCAUAUAUUUUGAUCUGCUGCUGGUUUAGACAUCACUGCAACCGUUUGAAGUCCGAUCGUUACGCACAGUGAAGCCCCUUCGUGGGUCAUUACCUGAGCUUCAUCAGCGUCUCUGAUGUUUUAAAACUCGUUUUGUAAACCGGGGAUUUAACAGAGCGACUGUGCUUCAAAUGUCAAGUUUUCAUUGAUAAAGGAGUUCAGAACUAAUCUGUUUUCAGUCAGGUGUUAACCUUCAUCAGGACAGUUCAGAUUAUAUCAUGUUUACCUGUUGUAGUCUCCUCCAGCCUGAAUGAUUGUCUUUAUAACGUCACCCUGAGGUUCACCAACAUCUGGAGAGUGAAUCGUCUGGUUCAGGAGGAGGAGCUGAGUGACUGUAAAUAUCAGCUGCUGUCAGGGGAACAGCCUCCUCAACAUUAAUUUCUUUGCUCUGAUAUCUCAUACUAAAGAUACUAAAGAUUUUUAAGGUGCAUCAUGAACACUGAAGUGUCCGAGGUAAUCAGAGACAAACUGACACUAUCAUCUCUGCUCUAGUUUACUCUUUAAAUCCAACAGAAGUGGUUGCAGAUGUCUAAACAGAUGAGCGCUUUCAGAUCGCAGCAUCGUCUUAUUCAUGAAAUCAUGUGACCAGGCUGUAAUCAGAGCGGACCAGUGGAGAAAUGUUAUUUAUGUGUGUUAUUUGGUCCCUUUCACUUCUUGUCUCUCUUGUAAAUAAGCUGAAAUCAGAACUCGGAAACACAACCAGGUCUUGUAAAGGCUAAAACACAUCUUUGCUGCACCCCUGUUUAUUUUAUAUCUUUUGCUGGGCAAAAAACCACUGUUGAAAAAUCUGUUUUUCAGGACUUAAAGGGGGAAAAAAAUACGUUUUUGUGUUUGUCUGACAUCCAUUAACUUGACAUUUAACAGGUUUCAAAGGCCCAAAGGUCACGAAACCUUUCAUCAAUGAACUUCACUUGAAGAGCAACAGUACUUGUGUUCAGCCUUUUAGUUUUACUGCAGCAGCAGUAACACACUCCUCUGCCAGCUCAGUGUGUGUAUAUAAAUGUGGAGUGUAAACUUAGAGAGCUUGUUACCUGCUGUAUUUCACUGCACUGAGGCAGACACACACACACACACACACACACACACACACAACACACACACACACACACAGACACAGACAGACGAGUCCAGAGGAAGAAUGAAUCCCCUUUCUUUACUAAUCUGUACAGCAGUUUUCUUUCUUUCUUUUUUUUUUGUUGUUUUUUUUUUUUUUGUUGUUUUUUUGCCGUUAGUCAUUUUUAAAUGUUUGUACAAGGCAAUUUUUUUUGUUUCCAUUUUCUAUAAGAAAAAGAAAAAAAAUAAGCUGAAGUUUUGCUUUUGAAGAAAGAAAGUUAAAAUUAAACAAAUGAGGAACAGUUGAAUUUUGGUAUUUUUGUAUUUCUUCACUCCGUGUGUGUAAGAACAUGUUAAUUGUCGUUUAUAUAAUGUUUGUGUGAGAGAAAGUGCAUAAAAGAGAAAAUACAGAACUACAUUUAAAAGAUGGUGCAAGAUGAAAAGUCAGUCACUUCCUCCUCUGGGGAACAUGUCAAUUUCAUGGAACUCUAUCUCAUAGUUAAUAUUUCAUUCUGGACCAGAAUCACCGGCGCGCUA